GUAUUUUUUUAUGAGACACUGAAGAUUUGACCAUAUUGCACCGUAUUCCUAGUUUUUCCAGCAGCCGCAGGAUCAGGAUUUCGAUUUUGGGUGAUCGAUCAAUAACUAUUCAUCAUGAGCGUGACCUCAGCCAAUCCAGCCACACCUUAUACCAGAGCAGAGUUCUUCAAUGCAUGCACCAGUGUUCUUGAGGGUCUCAACUGUCUGCAAAGGCAGCAAUCUGUCAUAGAUGAGAGGUCAUGGGAAGUGUUGAACCGUUUGGGUCAGAUGGUCAGUGACCUUCGACCUGAGGUCAAGGGGAAUAAAGAGUACUGGGUGGAUGGUCCACUAGUGAAAUUUUUGACAGCAAAUGUUUUGAAAGCCAAGAGUGUCCUGCAGGAAAUGAAGAGAACAUGUAGCCAAAAGAGUGCAGCUACCAAUGGUCCAGAGUACAUUGAAAGACAUCUGUUACAGCAUGUGGAAGAUAUAAGAACUUCUCUUGAGGAACUUGAGACAUACCAUCAGCAGACCUUAUACAGAACAGACACUACAGGCAUUGAUGCUGGGGUAGGACAAAGAAUGCACACCAUUACACAAGGACCUACUGAGAUGACAGCUGGAGGGUUAACACAAACCCCACCAGCCGAAAUCAGCUUAGAACCCAAAGGAUCAGGAACAUUCAUGAAGGAUUUGAAUAAUGCUAAGAUUGCAACUAACGAUUCUUACCCUGGAACCAGCUCACAACCCAUGACUGGAAUGUGGUCUUCAGGAUUGCCUCAUCAUCCAGAGACCAGCAAACCCGGUGUCUUUGAACACAUCCAAGAGAUGACCAACAUCUACCCGGAGCAUGAUCCAAACUGGCCCAAACGAGAACAGAAACCCAAAUUGCCCUUCGAAAGAACACAACCACCAUUAGUUUAUCCUGGCAUCAGGGACAUGCACAACUAUAGCAACUUGCCUCAGUUCACUGGCAAGGACCUCCCCAUGCCGAAGAUACCUAAUGGGGAGAUGGGACUGAGGGCCCCGCAUGUACCACAUUGGGACAGCACCAACCACUACUCAUACUGAGGACUCUCUAGCUAACAACUAUAGAGCAACACUCUAAAUCAAAUCUUAGGAUGGUUUUAUGGCUGAUAGUCAGUGUUGUAGGGGUAUUUUCUUUUGACUCAAUAUCACCUUGAUAAAAUUUAAUUUCUACUGUUAUUUUUACAUGUACUGUGAUUAAUUGUGAUACAGAACAUAUACAUAAAAUGACCUGAAUUUUGUAGCAAUUGCGUGAUUGCAAUGCAUUGUUCAAGCUAUUUCAUCUCUUGGAAACUGCCACACAUCUGUUGUUCUUCUGGUGAUUUCUUGAAGUCUAACUGCACAAAUUGGAGUAUCUUUUUUAAGACUUGAGACAAUAAUUUACCAAUAUGUAUUACUCCCAAGCUACAGAGCAUAGCCGACUCUAUCAUUAGAAAGUAUAGAAUGGAUGCCAAACUUCUAAGCUCAUAUCCUGAAAACAAUGAUAUGCAAAAAAGAAGGGUCUUGUUAGGAUACAAGGGAUUGGCAGAAGUGACAUCUAAUGGAUGCUCUUCUUAUUAUAAAACCGAUCUGUUUUCAAAGACAUGAAAAUGUAAAUGUAAGGGAGCAGUAUACACAAUGCAACAUUUGAAGACAUAAGCAAAUCAAUUUAUACAUGUACCUUGGUUAAUUAUUGGCAUUAGCAUUAUUGAAAAAAUAGUUUAUGUCAUUGUACUUCCAGGACAAAAUUAUGUACAUUUGACAAAACUAGCUCUGUAUGAUCAAGAAGAAACAAAGCAGUACUUUUGUAUGCAGUCCAGCAAUGGAUAUGUCUUUGGGCUAUGAUAUCUGUAUUGAGUAGGAAAUAUAUCUUUCUAAUUACAUAACUUUUAAACCUAUUAAUUUCUCACAUUCGUUGAUGUUGUUUUAUAUCUUUACAAUACUCGGAAAUAAAGUACUUUCAAGAGAGGCAGAGCACACUCUUUCAAAGUAGAGAGAAAUAUUUGAAGACACAUAUGUAGACAUGAUCUCAUCUGUAUUAAUCAGCCUUAUGUAUUUCUGAAACUUUUAUUAACAACUCUUUGCAAACAAACUAUUCAUAUCAAAAGUGCAUCAUCGUUUAUACUUCCUUUUUUUGUUUAUAUCACAGUUAAUAUGUGAAGAUUCAUAUAAUGAUAUCAUUAAUACUGGGACUUGUGAUCUACCAUCACUGAAGAGAGUAUGACAUUUUAUGUUUCUCUUUCUUCUGUUCAAUGGCCAAUCAGCACAUGAAGAUUAUUAGUGAACAUCAAGCCAUUAAUGGAAUUACAUACAUGUAUUUGACAAUCAGAGGACAAUUUGAACUAUAUGUCAAACUUUGAAAGGAUACAAUAUGGCUAGACCAAGAUAUUUAACUAGUUAGUGUCUCAUGCAUUAACCAAGUAUUGUGGACUUCUGAACAUAACUUGAUAUCAUGGGUGUUAUUUACCUUCAUAAUUGAUCUGGACCCUGUUUCAUAAAACUUGUUAUCAAUAACUAAUGCUAAAUUUCUAUAACAAAUCUGCUCUCUGCCAAUCAAAUGUCAUGAUUUCAGAAGCUUAUAACAGUUAUUGUAACUUCUUAUUGAUGACAACUGUCAUGAAACAGCGCCCUGAUCCUUGCUGUAGUAGGGCUAUGAACUUGAUGCAUUGUUUUAAAAUCUUAGAUGUGCUUGGUAAGUAUGGGAUAAAAUAGCUUGGACUUGCCCAAUAGCAUUAUGAGAGUGUCACACGCACGUUCAGAGAUUUAAAAAUACACCAGAUACUGACAUGUUGUUCUAUGUUAUGGUGAAAUCAUUCAACGUAUUACAUUUAGAUUAGUGUAUAUAAGCAGAACUAUAAAAAUUGAGAUGACUGUUCCAGGCAUCUCUUUGCCAAAUGUUAUUAUCACCUUGAUUCUAUAAUCUACUUAACUAUUGUAAAAUAAAGAAAAUCUAAAUUUACAAAUAUACUCUAGCUGUACAUAAAAUUAUGGAUAUAUUUUUAAUGUAAAUAUAAGUUUAUAGAAAUGUACAUAUUGUGGAUCCCUUCUUUUCUCCUAAUCGGUUUGAAACACGAGGAUACCCACGUAGAGUUCCAUGUAAUAAAAAUUCUGAUAAAAAAACAA